AGACCCUAGCAACAGCGCAGGCUCGGGGCCGAGUCCGUUAUGGCCGCCGCCACCCUGGGCAGAAUGAGCGGGGCUGCGCGAGAGAAGCUGCUUCCCGGGCCGGGUGCCCGGGGCCUCGGCGUGCUGGCGCGGUCGCUGGUGUUGGCGCUGCUGCUCGUGCCGGUCUUGUGCUCUGAUACUCCAGAGAACACUCCACACGACCCCACUGUUUCUCCUCCAGCUGUGCUGACAGCUGGAAACAACACCGAACCUUCUGUUUCCCAGAUCAGCACCACUGUUCCUCCCCCAGCCAGUACAGAGAAAAAUGGAGGCACCUCUGUGGCACCCACCCCCUCUGCUUCUCCUUCUGUGUCCCAGGACGAGGCUGAAAGCCAUGAAGACCCCAGCAUGGAGGAGGAGGAUCUUCUGGCCCUCAACAGUUCCCCAUCCACAGUCAAAGACACUCUGGACAAUAGUGACUACGGAGAGCCUGACUAUGACUGGACCACCAACCCCCGGGACGAGGAGCCUGAGGAUAAUCUAAACCUAGAGCUGAGCAAAGCGGACAGGCACUUCCAGCUGUUCGAGGACUCGGUGAAGGUGGUGAAGCUCCCGCCCCCAAACCGAGAGGAUGGCCAUUUCUUCUUUCACCUCCUCAUCUUCGCUUUCUGUGCCGCUGUUGUGUAUGUUGCGUAUCACAACAAGAGGAAGAUUUUCCUCCUAGUUCAAAGCAGGAAGUGGCGUGAUGGCCUGUGUUCCAAAACAGUGGAGUACCAUCGUCUGGACCAGAAUGUGAAUGAGGCCAUGCCUUCCCUGAAGAUCACCAAUGAUUAUAUUUUCUAAAGCACUGUGACUGGGGUUUGCUUCUUCUGUCAUUUUGUUUGCUUGACUUUUAUAUGAUGUCAUGCAGAAUUCUGCCACAGGCAAGUGGUACUUAACUAAGAGGGGGCACUCUCUUUGGCCUUGGUGCUUUGGGAACUAAAUGUCACAAAUAAGGAGUAUCUAAUUUUUUAAUCUGUUCUUUAGAGCUAGAUUCAAUCAGGUAUCUGAACUGUGAGUUAAACGUUAUUGUAUAUUU